ACGCAUUCAGGAAGAUAAACAUUGGAUAUGUCUGCGACGUGGAGAGUUGCUGAUUAGCGUUUAUAUUCAUCGUGAAGUCGGCUAAGAGAUACAAUUUCAGUUGUAUUGUUACUUUUACGUUUCAAAUACCAAAUGCGUCGUGAAUAUACAUGUCGUAUACAAAUCACUAGACGGUGUCGAUAUGCGCCAAUAAAAGCUGUUAGCUAACUGUUAGCUCUCUAUCCAUGACCUGCAACAACAAUCCUGUGUUUCAAGAUCCUUUCCCUAAUGGCGUGACACAUGACGUUAGUCCAUUUUUAUCUCAAACUGCAUUUAGUUAAUAGGUCCGCGCUAACCUUUGCUAUCCUCCCUUUACACUUAAGGCUAACAUAAUUGCUUGUUAGGUGAGCUAGGUUGGGUGCGUCCACCCUUGUUCCUCUAGUAGCGGUACUCGAGUUACCUCUUUUUUUUUUUUUAAACCGAAUGUUGUUUCGGUGAACAAUGCUCUCUACCAGUCGAUUUACUGCAGGAAGAUGGUGGGUAAUUUUUGGUCUGUGCAGUCUCUUGCUGUUGACGCACGGUCAAGAUGACGAUUGGGUCGAUCCAUUUGACAUGUUGAACUACGAUGCAACCUCAAAGUCUAUGAGGAAAUCCCCUGAGGCAGCAAGUUACGACAAUGUACCCACCAAGCGAAGAGAAUAUGUACAGGAGUCCUGUCCCACGUGCCAGUGCCCUGAUGUCUCUCAGUGCAACAAUAAAGUGGAGGUGCUACAGAGGGAGUUGCAGGAGCACAAACGGAAGACGACCUCUUUACUUCAACCUGCAACUUGUAAUCCCAUCUUCAAGCGAUUCAUCUCCAAACUGUUGAAGGAAAUCUCGAGACUUGGCUUGUCAGACGAAGGUCCAAAUGGCAUGUACUAUGAUGCCAAGGUACAUUUGUCUUCACGAACUAUGGCUGAGCUCCAGAAGGUAGUGGAUGGGGAGACCUGGACAACAGGUUCUGUAGAUGAUGCUCUCAGUAAGAUACUGGUGGACUUCAAACCUCAUGACUAUGAGGCCUGGAAGUGGCACUUUGAGGACACAUUUGGAGUUGAGCUGGACACAGUCUUGAAGACCUCCAUGUGUGUUUUGGUCAUAGUGGUGAUGAUCUGCAGUGAGCUUUGGUCCACGGUUUCAUGGUUUGUCCAGUUCAAGAGGAUGUUUGUCAUCUGCUUCUUCAUCAGUAUUGUCUGGAAUUGGUUUUAUCUUUACAAGAUUGCGUUUGCUGAGCACCAAACCAACAUUGUUAAGAUGGAGAGUGUCAAUGAGAAAUGUACUGGUGUGAAGAAGAUAGACUGGAAGGACAACUUAAAAGAGUGGUUUAGGAGCACUUGGACUCUUCAAGAUGAUCCUUGCAAGAAAUACUAUGAAGUACUCAUGGUUAAUCCCAUAUUACUGGUGCCUCCAACUAAGGCCAUCUCUGUCACCAUUACCACCUUCAUCACAGAACCUCUGAAGCACUUGGGCCAGGGGAUCAGUGAAUUUCUCAGGGCCCUCCUGAAGGAUCUGCCAGUUACUCUUCAAAUACCUGUCCUCCUCACCAUUGUGCUAGCGAUUGUGAUCUGUACAUAUGGCAGUGCCCAGACUGUCAUCCAGCAUGUCCUUACACGCCCUCUGAGAAGAGGUCGCAGAGAUCCUCCGCCACCACCCAACCGACUCCGGGACCAUGACCAACACCCCCAGCUAGAGAAGAGAGACUCUGACGAGGAUGAGGACAACCAGCACCACCUGGGGGCCGGGGAUGCUCCGCUGCCCAUACGGGGUGUGGAUCAGAGGGGUGGAGGAGGAGCAAGAAGAGAAGGAUGGAGACAAGAGGUCCGCCAGAGGAGACCUGUUCGGCCCAAGGAGAACCAGCGGCGGGUUUUUGUGGAGACCCUGCGGAAUGCAGAUCGCCAUUUCAGCGGUGACGAGACUGACCAAUCCAGGCUACCUGAGGAAGAGGUAGAGAGAGUAAGGGAAGAGGGGGAGGAUGUUGAGGUUGCUGAUGGGGACCAGGCUGCUGCUGCAAAAGAGGUUGUUAAAGAUGAGAAGAAAAAAGAGAAGCACGACGACAAGAGAGAGCAACCUGUUGUCAAGAAAGAGCAACCCGUCGACAAGAAAGAGCAGCGGGUUGAAAGGAAAGCCAAUGGCAUCCACUCUCCACAUACUGAGCCAGGCUCAGAGGGAGAAAGGACUGUGAGACCACCAGAUCAGCAGAGCACAGCGUCAACACAGAGUCAAGGUGCUGCAGCACCAGAGCUGAUAACAUCAUUACAAGGAUUCAACGCAGAAGAGGCUUCUUCGGAGCAGAAGGACGCCUUAAUAAAGAGUGGACAUGUUGAGGAUAUUGGAGUACCAGUUCAAGAGAGUGGACAAUAGAUCAUGUGCCAUUAAUGUAAAUGGCCUUUGUUGUGUACAUUUGUGUACAUGUUUGCCAAUGAGAAGAACUGUCUUUUUGAGAAGAACUGUCUUUUCAGAACUUUUAACGUAUCAAGAAUUACUACUAAUUUACUAAAUUAAUGUGAUAAAUACUUUUUUAUCAUCAUUUGAUUUGGUAGUGUUGUGUAAAAAAAUAAACAAAUAUUUUUACAAUUAUCAUCUAGUUGUUACAUCCGUAGCUUGCGCAAAUGGUUGACAGAAGAUAUAAGUUGGUCAAUAUAUUUUCAACCAGUGCUGAUUUGCCUCUUCAACGGUUUGAGGUUGGCCCAGUUGUGGUCUGAACACACCUAAGAACAUUUGUUGAUUUGUCAGACGGUAUUACAGCAUUUGUUGAUUGGUUGAUUGGUCAGACA